UCAUUUCUAUUUGUUAUUAGAAAUUGUUUAACCUCACAUUUUAAAAUUCUUUUGUUAAUAUCCGUAAUAUUCUUUUUGUCAGUUAGUGACAAGCCACCAUAGAAGUUGGUCGAUAAAAUAUUUCAUUAUAAUUUAGUGGACAUUGUAAAUAAAUAUAUUGAAUAAAGAUACACGCCAUCAUUUUUGCUGUAAUAUCAAUUGUAUGGUUCUUUUACCACGUGAUGCAGUCACAUGAUAUGUGUUUUGAUGUAAUAUGGCGCCUUUAAUUGUUAGAGUGUAACAAAAUUUCCGGAAGAAUGUGAAAUUUGCCGAAGUGUUGAACUUUAAACUCAACACAGAAUGCCAGUUGAUAUAAACCGAUUAACAGAAGGUUGGCUAGAAUUGGAAAGUGACCCAGGUUUGUUUACAUUGCUCUUGGAAGACUUUGGAGUAAAAGGUGUGCAAGUAGAAGAAAUAUAUGACUUGCAAAAAUCUUUGGAGGGUCCUGUGUAUGGAUUUAUAUUUCUAUUUCGGUGGAUAGAAGAGAGGAGGUCCAGACGAAAAGUUGUAGAACAAGAUGAAAGCUUUGUGAAAGAUGAGGAAAUCGUUAACAACAUAUUUUUUGCACAACAGGUUGUGCCCAACAGUUGUGCAACCCAUGCACUACUUUCAGUGUUACUUAAUUGCCCAAAUAUCCAUUUGGGUACAACUUUAUCCAGAUUGAAAAUGCAUACCUCUGGUAUGUGUCCAGAAAAUAAAGGUUGGGCAAUUGGUAACACACCUGAAUUAGCGUGUGCACAUAAUUCACAUGCGAUGCCCCAAGCUAAAAGACGUCAGGAUAAAAAUACUGGAGUGUCUACUGGUAGAUUUACUGGGGAAGCUUUCCAUUUUGUUAGCUAUGUACCAAUCAAUGGUAGACUAUUCGAAUUGGAUGGUUUGAAACCAUAUCCCAUGGACCAUGGUCCAUGGAAGGAACAUGAGGAGUGGACUGAACAAUUUAGACGCGUAAUCACUGAUCGCUUAGGAAUGGCAACAGGGGAACAAUUGCAAGAUAUAAGAUUCAAUUUAAUGGCUGUUGUUCCUGACAGACGGCUAGCUAUAUCUCAUAAAUUAACUAUGUUAAAGACUAAUAGACAGAUAGUACUAGAGGCAUUGCAACAGCUUGUUAAAUUAAGUCAUCAAGAUGGAACUGAAAAGAAUGUGAACGAUUCAGAGAAAUCAGAUAAACAUGAAAAAAAGAAUAAAACUGAUGAUGAAAAUGUGUUGCCUAAUAAAUCAGAAAUUGAUGAAUCCUCUUCUGUGCCAGCUAUCACUGUUGAAAAAAGUGAUACUGUAGGUGAUAUUGAAGAAUCAGGUUCAAAUGUAACCUCUGGAAAGACUGAAUCAAAUGGUAUGGAGAAGGUAGUAAUGUGUGCAUUGGAUUAUGCCACUCCACUUCGAAUUCAAACUUCACCAGCCCAUAGCUCCUCGAGUACUGAUACUUCAUCUGAGAUUGGGUCUGCGUUUAAUUCUCCAACUCAAGCAUGGGGAUGGAAUUCUGGUCAGAGUAGUCCUACAUCCACAAAAGACUUCAAGAAGUUUGUGGUGAUCAGGGUCGCUGGAGAUGAGAAACAUGAAGCAGGUUUAAGUCGUUCCUUAGGAAAUAUUAACAUAAAUGGAAAAAGAUUAGUUUCUGACAGUGGUCACCUGCAUAAAAAGGUCUGUUUAUCUGGAGAAGUUAGGAUACCUCAUGCCAGAGUAAAAACCAGUAAUGGCGACACCGUUACCGAGGAAAAAAAAGUUGAAAAAAUUGAUCCUAAAUUAUGUUCAAAGUAUCCAGAAUUAUUUGAACCACACACGUUUGCACCCAAAGACCUUUUAGCGUUAUUAAAGAACUUGGAGCAUGAAAUAAGUAUUUGCGAAACCAGUUUGAAGGAUGAGAACGAUAAAAGGAACAAAUACAAAAUUGACGAUUGUCGUAGAACACAUAAUUACGACGAGUUCAUUUGCACCUUUCUUUCGAUGCUCGCUCAACAAGGUAAAUUAGCAGAACUGGUUCAACAGCACUUGACCUUAAAAAAGCAUACUUCUGUGUCGGUGAACAGGGUUCACAGGUCUUCAAAGAAGACAGACACACGCCCAAACUCCUCGCGUAGACGUCGGGGUAGAACCAAAUGCAAGAAACGGAAAUAAAUUAAAUUAAGAUGAAUAUUAAAGUUGUCCCAUUUAUGGAAUUGUCAAUACUGCAAAUAAUUAACAAGAAAAAAAUUCGCCACAAGCGCAUAGUUUUACAAAGAUAACGAUAAUAUAAAAGGAUCGAUUGUUAAACUGAUUUCAUUGCACUUAAACAUUUACUUGUCGCAUUAACGAUACCGAACGAUCACUUUUCAUUUUUCUUUCGAAAUCAAGAAACUUGUACAAAGUGAAAAUAACAGGAAAAGAAGUCCUUUCCCAGACAAUCCUAGACAUCGGCUGUGCUGUGCGCACUUCCGUUUCCGAAGUCUGAGACUUUUGCACGAUCGACAGUUACACUUUACAAUUGUACAAAUUAUCUUUACAAGAUAUUUUUUAUAUUUCUUCUCGUAUUAAUGCGUGAUACCCGUUUGCCAUCGCACGCGUAAACAUGGACAUUACGAGUCCUACUGGUACCCUUUUAGGUACGUUUCAAUAAGUUUUAUCUUUACAUCUGACUUUGUUUUCGUAC